CCACCAUCAAUGAAUUCGUUCCCCACUACUUAAGUUCACUUAUCAUCAUUCCAUUACUUCAUGCUUAAAAACAAAAGCUGUGGAACUCAUGAGGUAUGGCGGUGUCAAAUAGUGGGGAUCAUCUUCUCCCACCUUACCAAAGCAAAUGAGUAAGAGCAAGGGCCAUAUGCGGCUUGCAGGCCGGCAGUUGCUUAUGUAUAAUAUAUAAAUGCCAUUCUAACAGUCCAUCCAUGCUUUAAAAUAUUUAUAAUAUACGUGGAUGAAAGGUAACUUUUUGACAGGAAAUUGUCAUCUGCAAAAAUUUUUCAACUGAUCAGUUAAUAUAAAUCAUCUCCUAACAUGCCAAAUAUAAUAAAUGAUAUAAAAUUAGACUUUAAAGAUGUUCUGUUACGACCAAAAAGGAGUACAUUAAAAAGCAGAUCAGAUGUUGAUCUUUAUAGAGAAAUUACAUUUCGUAAUUCAAAGCAAACUUACAGAGGCAUACCUGUAAUGGCUUCAAAUAUGGAUACAGUAGGAACAUUUGAGAUGGCAAGAGCCUUAUCUAAGCAUGGGCUUUUUACCACUAUUCAUAAAUAUUAUACAGCAGAUGAAUGGAAAGAUUUUGCUGCAGAAAAUCCUGAAUGUUUAAAAAAUGUUGCUGCUAGUUCUGGCACAGGGAAUGAAGAUUUUGGAAGACUUUCAAGUAUAAUAGCUGCUGUACCACAACUUUCAUUUAUAUGUUUAGAUGUUGCUAAUGGAUAUUCACAACAUUUUGUUGAAUAUGUGAGAAAAGUGCGAUCUGAAUAUCCAAACCAUACUAUAAUUGCAGGGAAUGUUGUAACAGGAGAAAUGGUUGAAGAAUUAAUACUUUCGGGAGCUGAUGUUAUUAAAGUAGGAAUUGGUCCAGGUUCUGUGUGUACUACAAGAAUGAAAACAGGUGUUGGAUAUCCUCAGUUAAGUGCUGUGAUUGAAUGUGCGGAUGCUGCACAUGGUUUAAAAGGACAUAUAAUCUCUGAUGGAGGUUGUACUUGUCCAGGUGAUUUAGCAAAAGCUUUUGGCGCUGGUGCCGAUUUUGUCAUGGCUGGUGGUAUGUUUGCUGGUCAUGAUGAAUGUGAAGGUGAAAUCAUAAACAAAGAUGGAAAAAAAUAUAAAUUAUUUUAUGGUAUGGCUUCUAGUACAGCUAUGAAAAAACAUGCUGGUGGUGUUGCUGAAUAUAGGUCCUCGGAAGGAAAGACUGUGGAAGUACCCUAUAAGGGUUUAGUAGAAAAUACAGUUUUAGAUAUGUUAGGAGGUUUGCGGUCUGCAUGCGCGUAUACAGGUGCGGAAAGAUUACGUGAAUUACCGAGACGUGCUACGUUCAUUCGCUGUACGCAACAAUUAAAUCCUAUGUAUGGUCCACCAUGAGAAAUGUAAAAAUAUUUCUUAAAGAAUGUGUUGUAGUAUAAUUAUAGGCAAGAAGGCUUUUUGAUUAUUAAUUUUUGCAGUUACCAUGCAUUAUCUUUUUGCUGGCAAAUAAUUUAUACAUAAUAUAUAUAUAUAUAAACUUUAAUUUAAGUAUUAUAUUAUGAGCCUUUUAUUAAACUUACAUUGUUUAUUAUGCUUAAAUGAAUCAGAUAAUAACAUGUCUAUGCACAAAUAAACAUUUUUUUGCAUGUA